UGUAGAACGUUUAGAUUAUUCAAGCGGUUGAUAUCGUUCAGUUGUGGAAAUACGUAUACUAAACAAAUACUUGCGAAACCGGAAUAUUAAAGUAUCUCUUGUGUGAGCAUGUUGGACAACAAACUUAAAGAAAAGAAUAGUUUGAACAUUACUGAAAGCAAACCCGAAAUCUGGAAAGUCGAACCCUCGACCACAGCGAAAAAUUGUAAAAAUUUUAUUAGGGAAAUUGUUGAUAACUUGGACCUCAAACCCAAUCCCGAAAAACCCGUCAUCGCUUUGUCUUUAGGUGAUCCUACCAUUUAUGGUAAUCUGAAACCAUCUCCAGAAACCAUCCAAUCUGUAAUAGACAUAAUAGAGGAAGGUUUGUGCAAUGGAUAUGCACCCAGUGUAGGGUACGAAAACGCUCGAGCUGCAGUUGCAGAAUACCUUUCUCAUGAUAAUGUGGAUGUAGAUCCCAGAGAUGUGAUUUUGUGCAGUGGAUGUUCUUCUUCUUUAGAACAUUGUAUAACCGUUCUCGCCGAUGGCACCAAGAAUCAUAACAUUUUAAUGCCCCGGCCCGGAUUUCCUAUAUAUAGAACCUUAGCUGAAGCCCUAGGAGUAUCUGUUAGAUACUACAAUCUGAUUCCUGAAAACGACUGGGAAGCUGAUUUGCAUCAUCUGGAGUCUCAGAUAGAUCAAAAUACGGCGGCUAUUAUUUUAAACAAUCCUUCGAAUCCCUGUGGUUCAGUGUUCAAUGAAGAACACAUACGAAGUAUCUUAGAAAUAGCCCACAGGCACAAGGUUCCCGUGAUCGCCGACGAAAUAUACGAACAGAUCGUGUUCCCCGGAGAAAAAUUCGUAUCCACGGCUUCGCUAAAUUCCCAGGUACCUAUCUUAAUUUGUGGAGGUUUGGCUAAAAGAUUUCUCGUACCAGGAUGGAGGGUUGGCUGGAUAGUAGUGCAUGAUGAAAUAGGCGCAUUCGAUAAUGUACGAAAAGCACUCGUGUGUUUAUGCCAAAGAACAAUUGGAAGCAACACUUUAAUACAAGGAGCCCUUCCGUCUAUAUUGCAAAAUACCCCUCAGAGUUUCCACGACGAAUUGAUUUCUACUUUGUACGAAAAUGCACAGCUGACUUAUGAGGGUCUGAAGAAUGUUAGGGGGUUGAGCCCGUUUAUGCCACAAGGAACUAUAUACAUGAUAGUGGAAAUUCAGAUGAAUAAAUUUACUAUGUUUGCAAACGGACUGGAAUUUGCACAGAAGAUGAUGGAGGAGGAGUCAGUAUUUUGUCUACCAGGAGAGUGUUUUGCAAUUCCUGGAUUUAUGCGAAUUGUGCUGACGGUUCCUAGAGACCUUCUGCAAGAAGCAUGCGAACGUAUUGCAGAAUUUUGUAAUCGUUAUUAUGGGAAUUGAUAACAAACUUUAGUACCUAGUUAAUUUAUACCAAAUCUACCUCUUAACUCAGCAUCUCUUAAACGAGUUUUAAAAACUUGUUUGUGUUAUAUAUAAACAUUCCACAUUAUAUGUAAAUAUAAGCAAUAAAUGUUAAGUUAUCAAGUAA